AUGGAGUGGACCACGCGACUGUUUUGGACUCUGGACAUUUUCUUCUCCUGCUUCACUGGGGUGGUGAUGGCUGAUGGCUCUGUGGAGUACAACAUCAAGACCAUCCUGAAGCGGUAUGCCAAGACCUGGUUGACGAUGGAUUUGGUCAUCGUUUUGUCUGACUGGUCGGAGGUGGUCUUCUCCUCAGGAGGCGUUGCCAUGCUGAGCUUUGCGAGGACCACGCGGAUCAUUCGAAUUGUGCGGUUGCUUCGACUGGUGCGCAUGCAAGAGAUCAUGGCCAACGUCACGGAACGCAUCCAGUCCGAGACGCUGGGGCCUUUGGUUCAAGUCAGCAACGUGUCCCACUUCACCGGCUGCCUUUGGUUCGCCAUCGGCAACCGCACCACCUCCGAGAAGACUUGGGUUGCUGAAGGAGGGUGGCUUCCACGCCAUUUGAAGUGGCGGAUGAUUUCUGCGCAAUCUGAUGAUGUGAACAACCUUCAUCACCCGUUCUCCGGCGGCAUGGACGAGAUCUCGCCGGCCAGUCCGUUGGAGCGGCUCUUCGCCGUGGCCGUGGGCGGGCUGAUCUUCGUGAUCGCCCUGGUGAUGAUGGGUGUCUUCACCUCGGGUCUCACACAGCAGUACAUCAUUGGUGGGAGUGGAGCAAGACAGCUGGCCACGCUGAAGAGAUACUUGAAGCAGAACAACGUCUCCAAGGAAUCGGUGGAGCUUUUGCACGUGAUCUCGGAACCUUUGAAGAUAGAGCUUGCAUUUGACAUGUACUCACAGGUCCUGAUGUGCCAUCCUUUCUUCCUCGAGCUCCUUCAGGAGAGUAGUCCGAUGUUGCGGCCCAUUUGCCAUCGGGCGAUGUCCAUGCUAUUGCUCUCGGGCACAGAUGUGAUCUUCAACCUGGGCGAGGAGCCGCAGGAACCCAAGAUGUAUAUCGUCAUUAAUGGGACCUUGGAAUACACCGACGCCUAUGGGGAGAUCACCGUGGUGGGGGAGCGCAAGAUCAUCGCCGAGGUCCAGGUGUGCUGGACUGCGCGCAGGGGAAAUCGACAGAUUUGGAGAACCCCCAACUAUCAGCCGAAAGAAGAAACCUGUUUGGAUAGGAUCCCAAGCAGCAACAUCCAGGUUUGCCUCAGCGAUGCCAAGCUGGCAAUGUUGGAUGGGCAAGGCUUCAUCGACAUCUGCCAGCGGUUCCUGCGCCGGAGCGAGGCGGCGGUGCGGGUCGUGGAUUACGCGGCGCAGUUCGUCGAGGAGCUGAACAAGAGCGCGUCUCGGCGGGUUCAUCCCAUUGGGUCGGACUUGAGGGUUUGUGGGUGGUGUGGGUUUGGAGUGCAGUCAAAGUUCUCCGUGAUGUUUGGAGGGGUCACCACUUAUCCCUGA